GCUUGUCCCUUCCGCGGAACCUGAGACGCUGCUUUGCUGCGCGAGCGCGCGGCCCGGCGCGCGCCUCGGUCGGUUGGGUCGCCAUGUAUAGCUUGGCAGUGCGUGCCGCGCUGCCGGAGAAGGCGAAGCGGCGCUUCGCGUGGCAGCGCCCGGGACCGACCCAUGCAGGAGAUGACGAGGAGGAGCCGGAAGUGCUGGAGGUGCCGGAUCCGACCCCCGUCCUUGGCGAGUGGCACAGCUACCGCCCGGUGAGGGACUUGGCGCAGCAGGCGGUGGCCGAGGUGAAGACCAUGGCGCAGGAGGCCUUGAUCUUCGAGGAAGAGAAACUGGCCAUGCCCCCUGGGCCGGCUGAAUACCUUGUGGACAACUCGGCGCUCCAAGCCCACGCCCCCGGCAUCACCUUCCGGUUCAGCAAGCGCAUGGAAGACCGGGAUGACUUGGGUGAGCUGGCGGCCUUUGGCAGCAUCGUCUUGGGCAUCGAUGAGGGUGACGGCUGGCUGAGGGCGCAGAACCCCCAGGGCGAGAUCCGGUUUCUGCCGAUGGAGCUGCAGGGCGUGGCCGUGGUCUCCAAGAACGCGGCGGCCCAACACCGGGAGGCGCAGGCAGAACGGCUCCGGCGCAGGGAGGAGGCGGAGCGCCACCAGCGGGAUCUGGAGGCCUGGCAGCGCCGCGCCGCGGAGGCGGAGCGCGCGGCCUCGCGGAAGGAGGAGCGGGAGAAAGCAGAACAGGCGCCGGAGCCGCGCGGCUUUGCAGGGCGCACAAAGACUGUGCUCGAGCGGCACUACGCUGGAGAAGACGAGGAGGCGCCGGACCACUACCAGGUGCUGGGUGUGCCACGCCACGCUUCCCAAGAAGAGAUCAGCCAGGCCUACCGGGCUUUGUCCAAGCUCUACCAUCCCGACCGGCUCCAGUCCACCGGGGGCAUGCUGAGCCAGGCGGCGGUUCAGAGAAGCCACGAGCAGCGCAUGGCGGCGUUGAACGCUGCACGGCGGGUGCUCUCAGACACGAGGCUGCGCCACGCCUACGACAAGACCUUGCCGGAAGAGGAUGAAGAGGCCGAGCCGGUCCUUCAGGCGCCACGCGAGAAGUCCGAGGAGCAGUACGACUUCGAUUUCAUGGGCCCGGACAGGCCCCUGCGCAGCGCCCGCGGCCGUGCGGCCCGGGCGGCCAAAGCCUGUGGCAGUCGGGACCAGGUGCGCUUAGCCAUGGACCAGCUGCGCGGCAAGGAGAGGAUGACGCUUGCUGACAAGGAUGGGCAGAUCCGCCCUUCAGGCCCCGUGACGCCCUUCGCGGGGCUCGGGGAGUGCGGGGACCCGGACUGCAUGUCCCACCGCCUCGCCUGGCCCCAGGUGCGGAGCCGCUUCCGCGACUUCAUCGUGGGGCGCUUUCGGGAGGCAGUGAAAGGAAUCGACGGCCGCCAAGCCUGGUGGAACCAAGACAUUGGCUUGAGGUACACCUCCAUCGGCAGCGGCCAGCUGUUGUUCGAUCUGGAGCUGCUUGAGAGGAUACGGGCCCUCGGGGUGCGCAUCGCGCAAAUCUGCCUCGUGGACACCGCCUACGCGGGAAGUCCGCCCUCGGUGGAGGUCCGCAGAGCAUUACGGGAGUUCGCGGACUGGCAGCGGGCGGCGGCCCAGCUGUGUCGCCACGAGCCGGCGGAGGUCCUGGUCUUCGCGGAGGUCUGGGACUACUACGAGACCUGCUGCGAAGCGGAGGCGCCCAAGUACCCGGACCUGGAGAGGUACAGGCAACCCUGCGACCUCUUGGUGCACUGCGAUGCAGCCUGGCCCGGAGCCGAUGAGGAGGUGGAGCAGCUGGCUCAGGUCUCCUUGGGCCGAGGUGGUCUGCUGGCGCGUCUCUCGCAGCUGGCCCCUGCGGAGGUCACGGACAUCGCUGGGGGCACGGACAGCAUCACCAACAGCCGGGGGCACAGCCUGGGCCCACUGGUGGCGCGCGCUUGGGUGCAGAUGGACGAGCUGGACACAGGUGAGGGAUAUUGCCCCUCGAGACCUUCUCAUCCGUUGCUGGUGGAGGUGGACGGUUUGGAGGCGUGCCGCGAGGCCAUCGACGCCACCGGUCGCGAGAAGCCCAGCUGCGACCUGCAGCUGGCGCGGAUCUUGGCGGAGGCGCGGGAGAAGGCCCAGAAGGAGGCGCGGCGAAAGGCUGGCAAGGACCCGUCGGAGCCUUCGCGGCGCGCCUUCGAGGCGCCGUUCAAGCCCGAGGAGCCCGUGGAGCUGAGCUUCCGAGAAGAGCAGCCCUCGCUCACCUACUUCCGGGACCGCCAGAGCUCGCGGGCGCGGGUGCCGGGCCGCGGCCAUGAGAUCCAGAAGGGCAAGGUCUUCGAGAACUUCAAGUUCCUGAGCCAAGAGGACCCUUUGGACAUGCCCAAGCCCAAGGCGAUGAAGCAGGGCCUGUCCGCCUGGAAGGUGGUCUACCACUCCUCGGUGGCGGUGCGGGCCGCGCCCAAGGCCACGGGCCAGCUGGUGGGGCAGCUGCAGCCAGGAGACGUGGCGUACUGCGACGACAAGCAGCGGAGCGGCAACUGGAUCCGGGUGGAGGAGGUGCCAGGGCAGAAGGCGAUUUCGGAUGCCUGGGUGCUGACGGACGGCACUGACUUCGGAAUGGGAAUUUUGCUGCAGAAGGUGGAGAAGAAGUGACUCAGUGAGGUGUCGCCGAGUUGAAGACCUGCCACGCAAGGCCAAAAUCCAGAGCUGUGGGGCGAAUGCGUU